AUGGCGAUCAACAACGACGACGACCGGUGCUGCCCAGCGUUCGCGGGAGCCGACGACGGCGCCGAGAGCGCGACGUCCAUCGAGGACCUGCCCACGGACGUCCUGUCCCUCGUGCUCCGCCGCCUCGACGGCGCGUCGCUGGCCGCGCUCGGCUGCGCGUCCGCCGCCUUCCGCGGCCUCGCCGCCGACCCGGCCGCCUGGCGCGCGCUCUGCCUCGCGCUCUGGCCCUCGCUCCGCGACGUGCCUCCGUGCUGCGACCACCGCCGGCUCUUCGCCGACGCGUUCCCGUUCCCCGCCGUGCCGCUGGCAGCACUGCCGCCACAGCCACCAACGCCCGGCGGCGGCGGCGGCGCCGGCAGCAGCCUCCCGCCGCUGCCGUCGCGCCUCGUCUCGGCCGUCGACCUCCGGCAUGGCGGCGCGUGCGUCAUGUCCCGCGCGGUGGAGACGGACGCGUCGUCGGCCUGGUUCCUGGGCGCGCCGUUCCGCGUCGACGCGCUCACGCAGGAGGGCUUCACGUUGCCGUCGCCGUCGCCGGCGCCCAUCGACCCCGCGGACCUCGAGCUCAGCUGGGUGCUCAUCGACCCGGACACCGGCCGCGCCGUCAACGCCUCCAGCCGCCGCCCCGUGUCCGUGGACCGGCGGUGGCUCACGGGGGAGACCGUGGUGCGGUUCGCGCUCGUCCUCGGCGGCGGCGUCGUGCUGGACGCCGCCGUCACGUGCGACGAGCGGUACGGACAUGUCAGGGAGGUCAGCCUGUGCAUGGAGGACGCCGAGGGCGGCGGCGGCGUCAGCGGCCGGGAUGGGCUGGCCGUGGUCGCCGCGGCCAUGGCAGGCGCCAGACGGGGACGUGGCGCUGAAGAGGACACCAGGGUGCGGUACCAAGAGUUCGUGAAGGGGAGGGCGGACAGGAAGGAGCGGAAGGCCCGCCGGGAGGGCAUCAUCGACCUCUGCUGCUCCGGCGUCGGAGCGGCGGCGUUCGUGGGGUUCCUGGUCAUGCUCACAUUCCGGUGACCGCCACGAAAGUGUACAGCACAACUGCACGAGCAAUGUAAAUAGUGGAAAAGGGAGAGAGAUAGUUGACAUGCGAACUCCACACAUUUGUAAUUUGUAAAUAGCACGUACAUAGGCCUUGUUUACUUUUUAAAAUAUUUUAUACCAAAUAUAAAUAGUACCAAUUUCGUUUGUA